AGUGGCCUCCAGGGGGCGCCGCAGAAAAGCUGGUGUUGGGCACCUGCAUGCUCAGUUGUGCUGGGCGGGCUCCGACCCCUUAAGGCCCCAGGUUCCACUGGCUAGCUCCUGCUGGAUGCGCGCCGAGUGCAUCUAUUACAGAACCACACCCGCCUCCAAUCUCAUCGUACCGGUGUUGUGUUGAUCGCCUCAUUUCUGUCAUCGCCCCAGGUAGAACCCUAAAUCCUAGCCGGUCGGAUGUCCAUAUGCCUGCCUGUUCAUUUUGGGUGACGGUGGGUCGGUGUGCCCUACUCCGGCCGUGGCAUGUGCAGAGUUAAGGCGGGAGGAGGUUUCCCCGAAUCUGGGGAGGGGGGAGCGAGGGGCGGACCUGAACCAGCCCCGCCCCACGCCGAAGCGGUGCGGGGGCCCCAUCAGAGCCCAGCUUCAGCCCUAGCCAGAGCCAGCGUCAGCGGAGGCGGAACAGUGGACCCCGUGUCCUGGAGACAUCAGAGAUCCAGGGGGUGAAGGCGGGGUCCCUUGGCCUGGUCAGACAUACGCUUACAGCCCUGGCAGAAUCAAGAUGAGGCCCUGAGGUGUCUCCCCAGUGAGGCCCGCGGCCUGAGCGAAUGGCAUGGCCUGCCGCCGGCAGUGAGCACCAUGGCUGCAGGGGGUGGCCGGGCCUUUGCUUGGCAGGUGUUCCCCCCCAUGCCCACCUGCCGGGUGUAUGGCACAGUGGCACACCGAGAUGGGCACCUGUUGGUGUUGGGGGGCUGUGGCCGGGCGGGGUUACCCCUGGACACUGCUGAGACACUGGACAUGGCCUCACACACAUGGCUAGCAUUAGCACCCCUGCCCACGGCCCGGGCUGGUGCAGCUGCUGUGGUUCUGGGUAAGCAGGUGCUAGUGGUGGGCGGUGUGGAUGAAGCCCAGAGCCCGGUAGCUGCUGUGGAGGCCUUCUUGGCUGAUGAAGGCCGCUGGGAGCGUCGGGCUACCCUCCCUCAAGCAGCCAUGGGGGUUGCGACUGUGGAGAGAGAUGGUAUGGUGUAUGCGCUGGGGGGAAUGGGUCCUGACACGGCCCCCCAGGCCCAGGUUCGGGUGUACGAGCCCCGCCGGGACUGCUGGCUUUCGUUACCCUCCAUGCCCACACCCUGCUACGGGGCCUCCACCUUCCUGCACGGGAACAAGAUCUAUGUCCUGGGAGGCCGCCAGGGCAAGCUCCCAGUGACUGCUUUUGAAGCUUUUGAUCUGGAGACCCGUACAUGGACCCGACACCCAAGCCUGCCCAGUCGCCGAGCCUUUGCUGGCUGUGCUAUGGCGGAAGGCAGUGUCUUUAGCCUGGGUGGCCUGCAGCAGCCUGGGCCCCACAAUUUCUACUCCCGCCCACACUUUGUCAAUACCGUGGAGAUGUUUGAUCUGGAGCAUGGGUCCUGGACUAAGCUGCCUCGCAGCCUGCGGAUGAGGGAUAAGAGGGCUGACUUUGUGGUGGGCUCCCUUGGGGGCAACAUUGUGGCCAUUGGGGGCCUUGGGAACCAGCCAUGCCCUCUGGCCUCCGUGGAGAGCUUCAGUCUUGCACGGCGACGCUGGGAGGCACUGCCUGCCAUGCCUACAGCCCGAUGCUCCUGCUCCAGUCUACAGGCUGGGCCUCGGCUGUUCGUUAUUGGGGGUGUAGCCCAGGGCCCCAGUCAAGCUGUGGAGGCCCUGUGUCUGCGUGAUGGGGUAUGAGGGCCUGGUGAGGCCUUGUCUGCCAAAGCAGCUCAGCGUAGCAGCAGACUGGGCUCCUUUUUGCUGCUGAGGGUGCUCCCAUGAGGGAGGCACAGGAGAGGGCACCUGAGUUACCGCCUUAGGGAUGGGGGUUGGAGGAGCCUUUGUCUGUAGCACAGGACACACAUGCUCACACCUAUUUUACCACCGUCCACUCACAACCAUAGCUAGCUCCACCCAUGCCUAGCACUCACUAGGCCCUCUGUCAACUCUGAAGUGUGAAGAGGAGAGCGUUGGCCUCACAGGAUAGGCCCAAGAGUUGACCAGGCCUUCUCCAGAGGCCAUUCUGGAAAAGUCUGAGCUUCCAGCCUGCCCUGAGGGUCCCUGUGGACCCCAGGAGUCUUCUGAGACUGGAGGUCACAGAAGAAGCAGUGGAGAGAAUAUGGGGACUGCUGGAGGGAGGGCCAGAAGCCUGCUGACUUUGUGCCCUCCUUACUGAUGGUUGUAUGACGGGGGCAGGAAGUCCCACCUCUCUGUGCCUCAGCAUCCUCAUUUGUAAACGGGGAUCUCUGAAACUUUCCCGCCCCACCUACCUCACAGGGCUGUUGGGAGGACCCAGGGAGUUUUGACGUGGAAAUAAAAACACUGAUGAGA